AUGGUCAAACCACCAUCCGUAACAGCAACAAAACCAUCAGCAGAAAUGACAGCAAAACCAACAGAUACUACAACAGAUCCACCAUCAACAGAAAAGAAACAACUUGAAAGAAACAAAGACAGUAACCGGAUGAAGAAUCCUGUCAGCACCACCACCACAACCACUACACCACCACCUCCGGCCGCAGAAACAGCAGCAGCAACAACAGCAGCAGCAACAGAACCAACAACAGUAACAGUAGCAACAGAACCAACAAUAACAAAAGCAGUAGAAACUAAACCAACAACAGCAGCAACAAAACUAUCAGCAGUUGCAGCAACACAACACUGCUUAAGGAGGAGUCAAAGACAAGCUGAAGUUGGCAGUGGCCACUUUGAUGGCACCACCAUGGGUUAUGGUGAGGCUUCUUCUAGCAGUGAGCUGAGGCACUGUGAGGAGUGA